AUGUCGAGCCUCCUUUAUGUAUCGAACGAAGGUUCGCUUUUAAACCGAAUCUUGGAUAAGAAUACGCUCUUGGUGGAAGCAUUGGAGACCAUCGUGUCUAAUUACCCUCCGCACAGCAAGUAUGAUAUAGAACUCAAAGGACUCUGGAGUGGACCGACUGGAAUUGCUUACUUGUUCUUUCGCGUUUCCGUAAUGCGUCCGGAUCUUCAAGUCGCAGGGAACUCUGCAUUGUUUUGGGCGGAGGCCUAUCUUGUUGCUGACGGUCGCACAGAGACCACCAUCCAGCAAGCAAAUGAGAGGUGCGGGGUCUCGGCUCAACUGUUAUGCCACCAAGCAAUUCUGAUUGCAGUGACAAAGGACAAACAUCACACAGAUGAUUUUGUACAGAUGCUCUCUCGGAUCCCAGACGCCGCUUAUAAAGAGGAGUGGCUUUGGGGAAUGGCUGGAACGCUCUAUUUUGUGCGACUGGUCCGACGCUGGAUGCCUUCGUGCGCAAGUGCACUGGAGGCACCAACGAACUUGAUACAGGAGGCAAUACUGGCUAAUGGUACCGAGUGGGUAUGUAAUGGUACUCGAUGGCUCGGCGCAGCGCAUGGCGACAUCGGGAUAGUCACGCAACUUGUGCUGACGACGCCUAGCGUCGCGCCUCGAUUGAGUCCGAAGCUGGAACAACUACUCGACUUACAAAUGCCCAAUGGGAACUGGCCCGUCACUGCUAUACCUCCCAAGUCUCCACCCAAGCCAUACGUCCAGUUCUGCCACGGCGCCCCGGGAUUUGUGCUUAGUCUACGAUCUCUACGUCCAUACUUUCCGGAACUCCGGGACAAGAUAGACACUGCUAUCAGGCUCGGCAGUGAGUUGAUAUGGAAGGAAGGCAUACUGAAGAAGGAGCCAAGUCUAUGCCAUGGCACAUUUGGCAACGCACUAUGUCUGCAGCCCGACCAAAGAGAGCAUCUCCUCACCCAUGCGACACCAGAAUACAUUGCUAAAGCACGAGCGGCAGAUUCGACCAUGUUUGAAAAGUCAGACUACGGGUUUCACUUCGCUCUAUUUACGGGGUAUUGGCCAGGCGCUGCAUGGGCUUGGUUAGUCUGCGAAAGUGAAGAAGCAUCUCUGAUUGGGUAUAAUGACGUUUGA